GAAACUUCAUUCACGGUGGUGGUUCACUUCCGAAGGCGCUACGGGUUCGCCAUUCUCACGGUCUACAUCCCGUCCACCUUCUUCGUCUGCAUCGCUUACCUCACUACCUUCUUUCCCGUCUCGAAUUUGCAGGUCCGUGUCAUCAUCGCGCUGACGGCCAUGCUGGUGCUGACGACCCUGCUGAACCAGGUGUCAGCGCAGCUCCCGAGGAAUUCCUACUUCAAAGCCCUCGACAUGUGGAUGUUCGGCGCCAUAGGACUCAUCUUCUCCAUCCUCAUCAUGCAGACUGUGGUGGACGUUGCUCAUAGGAAGGCACAGGAGACGGUUACUAAGGUAGUUCCAGCGGCGGAGAAAAGUGUUGGUCAAUUCGUGUCUGAAAAUCCCAGUAAUGAACAGCGUGCAAACAAGAUUUUAAAAUACAUGCAGAUUAUCUUUCCUCUUCUCGUGGGCUUGCUGGUGUUAAUAUACUCCAUUUACCUUAUUAGUUCCGUCUAGUGAUGUUUUGUUUAUUAUAGGAACGUUUCCCUCUGUAGUGUUCCUCAUCAUGAUCAUAGAAAACGUUGGUGUAACUUCUGGUAUACCUAUUUUAAAUUUCUAUAUUGUAUGUGUACAAAAACCCAUUUUUCUGCACUGAUAUCUCACACCUUUCCUCUUGGUUAUACUGAUUAUUCAACAGUGUAGAAGAAAUAGUAUCAAUGAUAUGGUCUGAAUUUGGAAUUAAUAUAUAUUUUAAUUUAACUGUGAUGUUAUUGUGUGGAUGACAACAAAAGAAAUGUAGGUUAUAAU